GCCUCUAAAGGCUUCUCAUCUCACUCAGAGGAAAGCCUAAAUUCUUACAACUGAAGCUAUUGCUCCAGCGCUGGAACAAGUAGAGGCCACAGUCCAGUGUUGCUGCCCUUGCCAAGUCUGCCCAGAGAAAGGGACCUCUUUUUCGAAACCGCACAAAGGAGCGAAUCCAGCCACGGACCUGAGAGGCGCAGGCUUCCUUGCCCUCCUGCAUCUACUGUACCUGGUGAUGGACUCAAAGACCUUGCUGAUGGCACAGGAGAUUUUCCACCUGUCUCGCCACCCCAUCCAGCAAUUCCCUUUCUGUUUGAUGUCCGUGAACAUCACCCACAUCACCAUCCAGGCCUUGAGAGAGGAGUGUCUCUCCAGAGAGUGUAAUCGGCAGCAGCAGGUCAUCCCUGUGGUGAACAGCUUCUGUGCCGCCACAUUCCUCCACCUUGCACAUGUCUGGAGGACACAGCGGAAGACCGUCUUAGACUCCAGCUUUGUCCUCAAAGACUUGGAAGUAUUGGCUAAGAAGAGCCCACGGCGGCUGCUGAAGACCCUGGAGCUGUACUUGGCCAGGGUGUCAAAGGAACAGGCCUCCUUGUUGGGGGCACAGAAGUUCUGUGGGCCAGAAGCCCCUCCCUUCAAGGAUCUCACCUUCACAGGCAAGAGUGACCUGCAGCCUCACUCAUCCUAAGGCAUAUGGCUGAUCUGAACUCCGAGAUGGAUGGAGGUUUUUUUUUUUUUUGCUUGUACAAACUAUUUAAUGCAUAUCUGCCCCAUUAAACAAGCAAGAUGUUUGAUGUAGCAGAGAAG